AUGUUCAUCCACCCGGUCCAUCAUUGGUCUGCUUUAUUUUCCCCAUGUGCGCUCCCCGCGUCUAGUUAUACCAGAAACCUCAGAUUGUGUGAGUGUGGUGUAUUUGUAUACCUUUCCAUCUUUGUAUUCUUUGAUGUUUUCCCCUAUUUUUUUUUUUUGCGCCGUGCAUUUUUAACCACUCGAUGCUGUCAAAUCGCUGAGACAUUGUGGAUGGAUUGCCACUUCCGUCAACAGCUUGAGUGCGCGGCACAGUGCAUCAAGGAAGGGCGCCAUAACGAUGCCGAGAGUAUUGUCCGAGUUUUGCAAUCCAUUGAUAAUGUGCAAGCGGCUGAGUGUGUUGUUACUGUCCUUAUUGAUAGUGCAGGGGCUGGUGUUAGCGACGACAUGAUAUAUGUGCAUUUCACUUCCCUUAGGUUGUUGAGGGUGUACUUGACGCGCUGUGGGUUGACCGUAAGCAAGCGUGGAAAAGGGUUAGUUGAUUCGCUGACAGCAUAUGCAAAAGUUAUAGGUGACAGGCUUCUUAGCCCUCCAUGGCGUCCCGUGUUGUCAGAGACGGCGCUGGACGUGGCGGUUAUUUUGAAACUUGGCUGUGCAAACGCAGAGGGUGCUUUUGACGCAACAGCGUGCGAGAAGAUGGUAUCUGAAAUGCUGGAUCAGCUGAGCAACUGCGAGUCGGAGCUCCUCGUUAUGCUUAAUGGGUCCGUGGUUAUACACCUGAUCGAAGAGUUUGGUCUCUACCGUCCUCCUUCUCGGGGUCGCGGUAUGUCGCUCAAGUUCCACCGUGAGUGCCGCUCCGCAUUCGAGUGCGAUGGCUUGGCCCGCUUCCUCAAUGUGCUCCUCUGCGCUGCCUCUAGCGGGUCAGUCUUAAGCCAUCGUGUCCUCCAGACGAUCAUGGCAGGCCUUAACACCGCCCUUUCGUGGUCUCACCACAUUUUCUUCGAAGAAGACAUACCGGAGGGUGAUCCGUGUAGCCAACCCCUGAGGGUUUCCGGCGCUUUGUGGCAUGAGUUACUUGUGGCAGGCGUCCCUAUGCAAGGUGCUAGGAGGAGAGGUAUCGAGGAGAUGCUGCAGGCAUGGUACUUGGAGGGGCGUAUCUGCGAUGUGCCGUUCGAACAGAGACCUGUUGUAGAGCUGAUACGCGAGUUUUGCAACAUUGUAGUGGAUGCAUGGGACCUGAAUGACCGGUUAAGGUAUGGAAGGAAGUUUCUCCUACUCGUCACCGCCGUGGCGAGAGAUCUUCUAGCUAGAGUCGAACAAGAUGAAGAAGCGAGCACCGCGUUAUCUUUGAUUCUCUCUGGUAGCAGCAGCAUUUUGGAGAACCUUUCAGACAUUUUCAGCCUCUCAGAAAUAAUGGAACCUUUCCUCUCUGAAUUGUCUUUUAUCGCCAACCGCCUAAUUGAACUUGACAGACGCUACCCAGACAACGACGGAAUUAUGGCCGCGCUGGAUGAGGUACUCAGCUGUCUUUUCAGGACAACACAAAUGACGUCGAGUGCCGAGGCUUCUGUAGCUGCAAUGGCUCUCAGCGUGUUUGACGCAUUCCUCUCUUCGAAGCUGACAUAUGCCCAUUCGUCCGACGACCAGGAACACUUCACCGAAGCUUUUACAACGUCCCACAUCACACUCGUCGCUCACAUGGGCCGGCAGGAUCCGGAGAAAACCACAGUGCUUCUCUGCAGUGCUUUGGACCACCUUCAGAGGUGGCGCGCCGGUUUGGGGAGUCGUGUGGGAUCGGAGUGGGAGCAGGUGCAAGAAAGUAUGUGGGUGGUCCUAAAACUCACCGCGGCGUUCAUUGCUGACCCCUGUGAUGGGGAACACAUUUCAACACCCGUUUGCUUCGUACCGUAUCCUUUGUCUGCUUCGCAUCCGGCGCUGAGACUUACAACUUCGGCCAUGAACGCAUUCCAGGAUUUACAACAAAACGUGUCAUUAGCAAGUCCCGCUGUGAUGUCUGCCUUAUUGGAUGUGCUGGGGAACUUCAUAACCGUUUACAUGCAUGAUCCCUUGGGUGAUAAUUUGGCGCUGGCUAGUGCGUGUGUUACGAUCAUCCGAUGUGCUCUCUAUUCACUGCGCGUUUUUGCACAUGAUGAGGAUGUUGGACUAGCUAGCUGCAAGGUACUCGAUGCCAGUACGCGUAGUGUAAGUAUAAUUGCCGCUCUUCAAGAAUCCCCCGAGGUCUUGCGAGAGGCCGAAGAAAUGGUUCAUAACAACCAACAAGUGCAAGGAACGGCGAGGGGAUGCAUCGCGGCUUUCUGCAUCGCGUGUCUUCCACUAGAUGCAACACCGACAGAUCUCCUGCGUAUUCUUUGCAAUUUUGACACACAAGUCACCGACUUUACCUCUGUGGAUGUUGACAUGUGUUUGGAGCGUUGCGGGUCGUUGGGUGGUUUCCUCAGCUCACUAAAGGACGGCGAUAGACUUGUUUCCUGCCUUGAAAUUAUAAUGGGGAUCUGCAACCGUGUUCUGUCAGUGAGCGCCACCAGGUUUUACGAGAAGGAGCUCGCCGUUCGCAGCAUCAAGAUGGUAUCACAACUAUUUUUGGCAUACUCACCACUGCUAAUGGACGAGCCGUUGCUGUGGUUGAUGGAAAAAGUGACCGCAACGCUACAUGCUGCCAUGAAGGUGCUGCGUGAGGACCCAACCUGGUGCUCGGAGAAUGCGGAAGAAGAGAAGCAAAGCAUGCUUAAGCUCAUGUCUUCCCUCCUCCGUGACGUUGCGCAGUGGUCUAUGAUGGAGUCAAGCCUUCCACCUGACGUAACUCAUUCAUUAGGUUUGUGUGUCGUGUCAGCACUGGCAACGUUUCUUAGUUUCUUUGAUGAACGCUGCCUGAAACUGCCCGAGUUAAAGGGAUCAGUUCUCCAGGCUUUUCAACUCUGUGCGGAUGCAUUCACAGCAGAGUUUGUGUCCUCUCCGGAUUUUCAAGCGUUCCUGAUAGUACUCAUGUUCACACUGAACUCGGAUGCUAUUGACGUUCAGCGUAUCGGAACAAGUGUCGCAGAGACUGUCGUUACAUUCCUCCACCGCACGGGAGCGGAUAAUAGUGAGCUGUUUUCUUCUCUGCUUUCGGCUCUCACGAAGAGUUUUCUCUCUGGUAAGCUCUCAAUGGCACUGUCUCCUCAGGUCGCACGGUGCCUGGUCGCUCUCUGCGGUUGCCUCCCUUUGGACUACAUGGAAGAAAUAAUACAAACAACAACAUCAACACUGUCGGGUUCAAAUCCACACGCUGCAGCAAUACUCCGUCGCAUGCUCACCACGGCGCAGCAGUGCUCAGUGUUUAAUGACCGGCAGAGGAUUAUCUCUCUACGUAGUCUCUCAGAAAUAAUUUCGGAAAGCCUUUGUGGAAUAAGGGGCAUUCUUCUCGUUUAA